AUGAACAAGACGAGGGUUGAUGUGGAAGAAGAAAUCGAUUUAUCGAGUAAGAAAGAUCAUCAUAUUAAAUCUGAAGAAUUUGCUGUGGAUGAGUCAAAAAUUGAAGAAUUAAAUGGUGUUUUCAAUGAGGAUGAUUAUGUUGAUGUUCCUCCUGAUGGUGGUUAUGGCUGGCUCUGUUGUGCUUGUGUCACUGCAAUGAAUUUUGCCACUUGGGGUGUAAAUUGUGGGUUUGGAAUUUUCUUAUCAUUUUAUUUGGAGAAUGAUGUUUUCCCUGGUGCUACUCCAACUGAUUAUGCAUUGGUUGGUGGGAUUUUAGUCUUUUUAACUUUAGCAUUAAUCCCAUAUACAUCUGUUUUAUUAUUAAAAUUUGGAUAUAAAAUUACUGCCUCUAUAGGGAUAUUAAUCCAAUUAGCAGGAUUUUUAGGUGCAAGUUUCUCUACAACUCUUGUCCAAUUUUAUAUUACACAAGGUGUAUUGAUUGGUAUAUCUUAUGGAAUAAUAUUUGGUGCAAAUUCAAUUGUUUUACCUUCUUGGUUUUUAAAAAAACGUGCACUAGCAAAUGGAAUAUCUCAUUUUGGAGUUGGAUUUGGAGGUGUUGUUUUCACACUCAUUAUAAAUAAACUUAUAAUUGAAACUGGUGAUCAAAAAUGGGCUUUAAGAAUAAUUGCAAUUAUAUCUUUUGUUAUUUGUACAGUUACAAUGUUUUUAGUUAAAAUUAGAAUACCUCAAAAUAGUCAAUUUAAAGAUCAACAAAAUUUAUCCAUUAAGAAGAUAUUUAAAAAUAUAUUUGAUUUAAAAGUUUGGAAAAUGUUCCCCUUACAUUUGGCUACACUUUGGUCUUGUAUAGGUGCCACUGGAUAUUGUAUCUUGUUAUACAGUCUUUCAAAUUAUGCUACAAGUAUGGGGUUUUCCCGUCAUCAAGCAAUGAUAAUAACUGUUUUAUUGAAUGCCAGUCAAUCAAUAGGAAGACCAUUAAUUGGAUAUUUAAGUGAAAAAUUUGGAAGAACAAAUUUUACAAUGUUUGCAACUUUUUAUACUUGUGUGAUGUCUCUUGUAUUUUGGAUAAAUGUUAAAAGUUAUGCUGCUUUAAUAAUAUUCACAUUAAUGAUAGGUUUAUUAGUUGGUAUAAGCUCAGUCAAUGUGGUUCCUUUAGUUGCUGAUGUGGUUGGAUUAAACUCUUUUGCAAGUGGAUUGGGAUUUGCGAAUACAAUAAAUGCAAUCAUGUCUUUAGUUGCAGAAAUGAUUGCCUUAAAUUUACGUGACUACUCUAUACCAAAUAGAAACCCUUAUUUUCAUUGUCAGAUUUUUGUUGGUGUUUUAUAUUUCUGUGGGUUUAUAGCUUUAAUACCAUACAGGGAAUGGAAAGUUAAAAGAAUGCUUCAUCAAUUAAAAAAUUCUAAAAAAUUGACAGAAAAUGAAAGACAAUCAUUUAAUGAUUUAUUAGAAAGCAAAGGUUUUAUUGGAUUUUUACAAAGAGCUUUCCAUUUAACCAUUAUUUGA